GCUGUGUGAUCUUGCACAAGUCCCAUCCCUCUCUGGGCCUCAGCUUCAUCAUCUGUCAUGUGAGGAGUUCUGGCAAAGGGUCUCCAUGGCUGAUGAGUGGCAACCAGCCUACUGGGGCCCUCCUCAUGCAGGAGGCCAUAGAAUAGGGGAAGGGUCAGGCCAGGGAAGGAAGAAUGCAGACUAUGACAAACAUUUCAGAGGUCAGGGAGGACUGGGGAAUAUUUUGACAGCAAAAAGGUCAUCUGUGACCUUGGCAAGCUUUGGCCCUUUGGAAUGGAAGGAGCGGAAGUGGCUUUGGAGAGGGGCCAGGAAAGGCUGAGCCUGAGGAAAUGGGAGAGUAGGGACAUAAGAAUGGGGGGAGCAAGGAUGUUUGCUGUAGAGCAGGGGUGGAUAGGCAGAUGAACAAGGCCACCCCUGAUUGAUUAGUGUUGCCUGCCUGGAGCCUUGUAUUGAGAAACAGUCCAAAGCCUGUAAAUCAGAGGGAAUAGAGCUGCAAUUGAUUGGCAGUGUCUGCCAAGGACACUAGUGAUAGGCAUGGCGACAUGUAGUUUGCCGUUCUUGCUUAGAUGCAUGUUGGGUUGAAAGUGCUGUUCUGAGUACCUACAGAGAGGAAGCCUAAGGAAUUAGGAAUUGUGGGAGGAAAUAUCUCUGGCUCUAGGAACUUCCUCCUAACCUUUUGCUAAAAUGAAGGUAGCUUGCCUCAUGGGAAGUUAGUAUCGGCUAAUGGUCAGGAGCUUCAACUUGAGAGUCAACCAUUGUGACAAAUUACUGGUCCUUUGAGCCUCCCUUUCCUCUGUGAAACCGGAAUGAAAGAAUGCCUGCUUGCAAGGCAGCUGUGAAUGUUAGAAGUAAUGAGCUGCCAGAGAACUGGACGGACACUCGGGAGACACUGCUCGAGGGGAUGCUCUUCAGCCUCAAGUACCUGGGCAUGACGCUGGUGGAGCAGCCCAAGGGCGAGGAGCUGUCGGCUGCUGCCGUCAAGAGGAUUGUGGCCACGGCAAAGGCCAGCGGGAAGAAGCUGCAGAAAGUGACUCUCAAGGUGUCACCACGGGGGAUUAUCCUGACCGACAAUAUCACCAACCAGCUCAUUGAGAACGUGUCCAUUUACAGGAUCUCCUACUGCACAGCAGACAAGAUGCACGACAAAGUGUUUGCGUACAUCGCACAGAGCCAGCACAACGAGAACCUCGAGUGCCAUGCCUUCCUCUGCACCAAGCGGAAAAUGGCCCAGGCUGUCACCCUCACAGUAGCCCAGGCCUUCAAAGUUGCCUUUGAGUUUUGGCAGGUGUCCAAGGAAGAGAAGGAGAAGAGGGAGAAAGCCAGCCAAGAAGGAGGGGACGUCCUGGGUGGGGGCCUCCGUGACAACACCCCAUCGUUGAAGAGCUUGGUUGCCACUGGGAACCUGCUGGACUUGGAAGAGACGGCCAAGGCCCCGCUGUCCACAGUCAGCGCUAAUACCACUAACAUGGAUGAGGCACCGAGGCCUCAAGCCUUGAACAAUAGCAGCGUUGUCUGGGAGCUGGAUGACGGCCUGGAUGAAGCAUUUUCAAGGCUUGCCCAGUCUCGGACGAACCCUCAGGUCCUGGACACUGGAUUGACAGCACAGGACAUCCAUUACGCCCAGUGCCUCUCACCUGUCGACUGGGACAAGCCUGACAGCAGCGGCGCCGAGCAGGAUGACCUCUUCAGCUUCUGAGGUCCCCGGGGCUGGCGGGACACGUGACAGACCAAAGCCUCUUGUGGCCGGGGGGGGGGGGGGGGGGGGGUGGCCAGCUCCAGGGCCCUCAACCACCCUCUUCCGGUUGGCAGCACCGUUGGCCUGCAAAUCAAAGCCGCGUCCGGUCAAGCAGGGGGAAAGGAGAAGUUGUUUUUUUUUUUUUUUGCCACACUCUUAUCCUAAGAACUGAAGGAUGCCUUGAAUAUUUAUUCAGCGACUCCUGGUUCACCUCAGAAGCCAGUUUUGCAUCAGGCACAAGUGCAGUGUUUUAACCAGCUUUUUGCCCUGUCCUGAGAAAGCUCUGUUCUGCUGUGGGUAUCAGGACAGUGACCAAAGCAUUUCUUGUCCCUUCUCUUUUUCUAAGGACCCAAAUUUCCCUGGAGGUGUCCCCACACCUUACAGAAAGCUGUCAUUUUUGAGCACAGGAGGGCCCUGUGGCUUCAGGAGAGCCCCGAGUCUUGUGCCGGGGCCCCAGCAGGUGUGGGCCUGAGCCCCUGGCCCUCCCCGGGCCCUGAGAGACAGAGGGGCAGCCCCUGACCAAAGACAACGCGUAGCUGGCACUUUAAAGCACACACGGCGGGUGUGGCCCCCGGGGGCUCCUCGAUGGUGCUGUUGGCAUAGAGCUUCCUGUCUGGCUGCCCGUAGGUUCCCAGGGUCUGACUGCAACAGUGGAAAUCAUCUCUGUGUGACUGCCCUGUCGGCGUCCCCCGCCCCGCCCCUCCCCCCGUCGAUGAGCGUGUGCCCACUCUCCUGCUUCGUCUGCGCGGGUGUCUCUGAGCCCCGAGUCCCCAUGCUCCCUGGGACAGUGGGUGGAGCCCAACACCUAGACUUGGUCGGGACUAUCUGGUCGCCGUUUUACAGGCAAGGAAAUGGGCCCCAAACGUGGAAGGGGUGGAGCGCACACUAGAACCAGAUCCCAUGCCAAAGUUGCCUUCUCACCCUCCCUUCUCCCAGCUUGCACCUCCUUUCUGGUUUUGUUGUCCUCCCAGGAACCAAAAACCCCAGCUAUUUUCUGACCAAAAUGUGUUUCAUAACAAACCAUCUGGUGCCUUUCCACACAGAACUGGCUUGAGCCUCCGUGCCCUGCUAGCUGUCUGGCUGCCGACUUCCGUGCAAAUGGAAGUACUGAUGCUAAUUUGGAGGGUGAAACAAAACCAAACUCUGGAAACGUCACCCUCUUCCUGACUCUCACCCCUGGGUCGGGACAUGUCAGCAGCAGUCUGUCCUCAGUCUUCCUUCCUCCCCCCUCCCCCCCCCCCACCACGUCACCCCUCGGGGCGCCCAUCAGAGCUGCCAGAGUCUUCUCCACCCAGAGGUGCCUCCCAGGCCUGGCUUUGCUAAGCUCAAGUCACUGAUCACAGUUCGAGCAGGUUUCACCAGCCCAGGAGACACACACACCAUUUCUCAGAAUCUGCUUGUCCAAGCACUUGGAUCAGCACAAAGACAGAAGGGCCUGGGCAAGGAGUGGGGUGGCAUUUGUAGAGUCUGUCAGAAUACGGGGUCAUUUCUUUCCCUGCCCAGCUCUUGCACCUUGCUGCCCAGCCCAGACCUCCUUGGUAUUGGCCCCUGGGUUUGUUACGCGGCAGCACAUGUUGGGCCUGACAAGCUGUCCCUGGCAGGAGGAUCUGGGAGCCCCAAGAGAGGCCAUGCUUGAGAGAGAGAGAGAGUGUGUGUGUGUGUGUGUGUGUGAGAGAGAGAGAGAGACAGAGAGACAGAGAGACAGACUUGACCUUCACAGUGGUCUUUGGCUGAUAAGCCUUUGGGUAUGCUCCAGUGUGUCUGCAGAUAAGUCUUAUGCUUUACUUUGUGUUGCUGUUAAAGUUGUUCUAAUGAGGAAAAGAAUAAGUAAUAAAGGUUCUCUUUUUGAAAUACAAA